UUUACGCUCGGCGCUGAGACCAAAUCCGCGCUCGCGCACGAAAUCUAUUUACUCCUCAGUAGUAGAGAGGGCCCGGGUCGAGUCGCUCUGCUCCGUCGAUCACACAAUCCGCUCGGUUCAAGCCUCGGACUCACGGUAGACCUUGCUGAGAGCGGCGGCGGUCCCUCGGUGACACACACUGACAGAGCAGGAGCGGUUCGGAGAGGAAGAAUGGCGGAUUCGAGCAGCACCGCAGCGGUCGGGGCCGCAGGCUCCAACAGCGCUGCUGCUGCCGGGGCGGCUGGCACGGUUGCGCAGGAAGGAGCGCCCGCAGCGGGACCCAAGACCGGGUGCGAGUCCGUGAAGGGCCAGAUGUUUGAUGUGGGGCCCCGCUACACGAACCUGUCUUACAUCGGGGAGGGGGCGUACGGGAUGGUUUGCUCCGCUCUGGACAACGUGACAAACUCGCGCGUAGCCAUCAAGAAAAUCAGCCCGUUUGAGCACCAGACGUACUGCCAGCGCACGCUGAGAGAAAUCAAGAUCCUGCUGCGUUUCCACCAUGAGAAUAUCAUCGGCAUCAACGACAUUCUCAGGGCACGGCACCUUGACAACAUGAGGGAUGUCUACAUUGUGCAGACUCUGAUGGAGACGGACCUGUACAAGCUGCUGAAGAGCCAGAGGCUGAGCAACGACCACGUCUGCUAUUUCCUCUACCAGAUCCUGAGAGGCCUCAAGUACAUUCACUCAGCCAACGUGUUGCACCGUGACCUCAAGCCCUCCAACCUGCUCAUCAACACCACCUGUGACCUCAAGAUCUGUGACUUUGGCCUGGCACGGAUAGCCGACCCCGAGCAUGACCACACCGGUUUCCUGACUGAGUAUGUGGCUACACGCUGGUACAGGGCUCCAGAAAUCAUGCUCAACUCAAAGGGCUAUUCUAAGUCCAUUGACAUCUGGUCAGUGGGCUGCAUCCUGGCUGAGAUGUUGUCCAACAGACCCAUCUUUCCUGGGAAACACUAUUUGGACCAGCUCAACCACAUACUGGGUGUCCUUGGCUCUCCAUCUCAAGAAGAUCUGAACUGCAUUAUCAACAUGAAGGCAAGGAACUACCUGCAGUCCCUGCCCGACAAACCCAAGGUCCCCUGGGAGAAGCUCUUCGUCAAGGUGGACUCAAAAGCUCUGGACCUGCUUGGCCGCAUGUUGACCUUUAACCCCAUCAAGCGCAUCAGUGUCGAGGAGGCCCUGGCCCAUCCUUACCUGGAGCAGUACUACGAUCCCACAGAUGAGCCAGUAGCAGAGGAGCCCUUCACUUUCUCCAUGGAACUGGAUGACCUUCCCAAGGAGAAGCUGAAGGAACUGAUCUACGACGAAACCGCUCGUUUCCAGGAAACCUACCAGGGCUCCUGAGACAUGCAGCCCUAAAGAUUGACAAAGCCACCCAGAGGCUUGGAACAAGAAGACCCCAAACGACAUGCUAAAACAAAAGAAAAAUGCAUCUUCAAGAAAACCAACAAAAAGAGAAAAUAAGAAAUAUGAACAUUUAACUGCUUAUCUUUCCAUUUCUACUGCAAGAGAGCUAAGUUUAACUUUAAUUUCUGUGGUUGGGUGGGGUGGUAGGGUCUGGCGUACUCAUACUGUUUCAGUUUUGUCCAUGUUGGACUCUCCCUCCUCUCACCUCACAUUUAGUUUUCUCGUUUUCCCGUUCAGCGUCCUUCCUCAUCCUGUCUCAUCUCCAGUAACUCACCGUUCCUCUCCUCUCCCGUCCCCAUCAAACCCUUUUGUUGUCCUCUCCCGCACCUGUCGCUGAUCUGUCUGUCUGAGCUCUCUCCUGUCUCUCCUUUCUGUCGCUCCCUCUCAUAUAAACUCAUAAUACUGUAUUAACCAACACCAUAACUCUCUUGUCUUGCUCCAUGUAAAUUACAACCGGGAAAAAUCGAGGGCUAAAAGAACGGGGAUGCUAAUAGGGUGUGUGUAUGUAUAUACAAAAAUAUAAAAGCUUUUUUUUUUUUUUUUGUUUUGUUUUGUUUUUUCUUUUUAAGUGUGCUUGUCACAGUUGUCACCGUUGUUCGCGUGUUUUCAGAUCAGUUCAGAGUCGUAUUUGUAUGUUUUGAGGUUUAUAUUUGCUAGUCAUGUUUUUUUUUUUUUUUUUGGAAACUUGAUUUUGAGACAAACAUUCAAUGUUUUUACUGGCAUGUUGGCAGGUUUAUAGAUUUCAUUGUUGUUGCUUUUUCUUUUUUUUUUUCAAAAAAAAAAAAAAAAAAACUGUGUAUGAUGUUCAUAUGAAUGCAUGCAUUCCUAAAAUUAACCAAAGUGGCAGAGCGAUGCGAGAAUCUUGGCUGGGGAGCAACUAAGGAAGAUCUGUCGUAGUUUUGAAUUGUACCGUAAACACAUUUCUUGACCUAUAACCUUUACCAAGGGCAGACGAACUGAACUCUCCCUUCAUUUUGUGGAAAGUUGGUUAUAUUUAGGAGGCGCUACGUGAUUGGAACAAAGCGAAUAGCAUCAAACGGCAUAAAAUAUAGUUUCUAUAAUUGUGUGUUCAUUUGGAUAUUACAGCAGUGAUACCUAAGCCCCAUUUUCCAGAACAUUCACGGUACUUCACGGUCAGAAACUACCUGACUUAAUGUAAGUUUUAUAGUUUGACAAAGGGCGAAUACUGCCACAAUACUGAUGUGAGACACUGGUAUAACAUUACUGUAUCAUCCACAUUUGGCAUCCCAACAUGACUUUUUUUUCCCAUGAAAUACAACCAACAUCAAAAAGCAAAUCCAGUGUCAACAUUACGCUCUUAUACUAAAUUGCAUUUCUGUUACAAAUACACAGCAGCUGAGUGGUGAACUGCUUGUCUUACAACAUCACUGAAGCCUUCUUAUCUUUCCUCAGCUCCUCUUGACCCUGAAUUUCUAGAGCAGCGUUUAGUGAACAUGUACAGUAUUCUGGAAAAUGGGGCCCGGUUGACAUCGGCCUUUCCAUCCCACCGUGCUGUUUUUGUACCACGUUGCUGUCUGCUACUGUUUGACCCAGGAUGGCUGUAUGAAGUAGGCAGACGCAGGCUGGGGACCUAUCUGACAGCGACAGACCCGAUUCUUAAAAAAAAACAAUAAAUCUUAAUUUAUUCAAAGUGGCCAUACUUGAAUGCAGUCUACAGAAGAGCAAAUGCACUAUUCAACAAAGCAUUUUCAGAACACGAUCUUUUUGGCUCAUUGAUGUGAGUGCUGAAUGUAAACGGCCUGAACUUGGAGGAGUCCUGUCGCUGCAGCUUUGGUGUUCCCCGGCUGCGACCUCUUACACGAACAGCUCCUCUUUUUACAACUACUGAGAGAACUGUACAUGCUGCUGAUAAAUGCCGCAUUCACGUCAUAUGGGUAUGGAAAAAGGUUUUUAUGAUGGUUGUAAAGAGUUGGUGGUGUGAGGAUUGAAACACUGUACACUGACAAUGUAACACCAUAUCCAUCAGAGUUAGGUUUAAUUCCAUUGAAUGCCGGUUUUGGCUGAUGUGAGGCAUAUUUGCUUUGUUUUCAGGCACGUCUGUAUUAGUAAGUGCCUACUCAGAUAUAUCUGCUAUUUUAGAACGUUUCACAGUCGUAACUAUGACUGGGAAGUGGAUAUGAAUGCUAUAUUAGUCAGAAACUUUUAAUUAUGAACUUCGAUAUGGCAUGAUCAUGGCAGGAAAUAGUCCAACCCAGGAUUGUCAUAGUGCUGUACAGCUCUGUGCACAGCCAAGCAACCAUCAUCCCUUCAUGGUUGUACAGUUUAUAUCCCAGUUUGCCCCUCUCUUUCUUUUUUGCGCUCCUGUUCCCCCUCUCCCCCUUUGCCUGUGUGUUUUCCUGGCUCUCCUGUUAACAUGCUGGAUGUAUAUUCUUCUAUGUGGGUGAUUUUAGUGCUACAGAUUGCACUCCAUUCUCAAGAGACGGCCGUUCGUGUUUCUUUGAGUGUGUGUGUGCGCAUGUUUGUUUAUUUCUGUGAUCACUGUUCCUGUCACUUGUUGGUGUCUGCUGCCUCCUCCCUUUGUUCUGGAUGUGACUGUACUAAUUGCUGCCUGUUGGAGCCCCCCCACCCCCACCCACCCACCCGCGGGUCCAGCAGCUCAGUCACCAGCCCAGUCUGCACUAAUUUUUGGCCCGUUGCACUGGGACCAGUAGAGGAGACCCCCCCCCCCCCCAAAGAAAUGGACCAACACAUGCACUGGACCCUCUCUCUCUGUCAGGGCAGGCCUGUGAUGCUGAUAGACUCAAGAUCUACAGUGCUCGCCAGCCUCGCCCUCUCGUCAGCAGAAGUCAUUGGUUUUGUUUUACGUCUCGGGCUCGAGCUCGAGCCACGCCAUAGGCUGUUUUCUCAGAAGCCAUAGCCAGCACUCUGGGAUCGGUGUGAGGCUUUUUGGUGCAUGUGGUGAUAUUCAUCCUUUUUUUUUUUUUUUUUUUAAAAACCUUCCCGACUCUCACCACGCUUUACUCAAAAAGGGCUGCCUCCCCCCUCCUCCUCCUCAUCCUCCUCCCUCUCUGUGUGCUUCUGUGUGCGCAGUGGGACUGACUUUGCUGCCACUUUCCUCCUCAGAAAACCAUUGCCCCCUUUUCGCCUGGAUCUUAGAUCAUGGAUGGUCAUACAAGCAGGAAACUGACUCCAAUCACAUAACUCAAUCAGCACGCCUGCACUUUGUCUUUCCAGCCACGCUCUCUCUCUCUUUCUCUCUCUCUCUCUCCCCCCCCUUCGAGGUUGUUAUUUUGGUUGGUUGCCUCCCUGUCUUGCAUCCUCCCUUGUUCAGCUUUAAGUUUCGCCUGCUGUGCGUGUGACGUGUUGAGACUUAUGGAUCGUCUGCAGUAAUUUAAGUCUUUGUACAAGUGUUUGUGUAUCUGCUCCUCAGUAACAUAAAGCCAAGACUCUUUGUCCUGUAUAUGUGUGUGUGUGUGUGUGUGUGUGUGUGUGGGGUGCGGGUGCGUGUGCGUGUCUGUGUGCGUGUUUUGGAAGUGUGUAUCGUUUCCUCACAGUUUGGACCCUCUCCCUGCAGUUACCUGUGCUUUUACAUCUGUGAGACACAAAAACAGUCACACAGAUAUUUUGUAUGCAUUUCAUAUGUACAGUAUAUUUGGUCAGCAGUCAACCAGGCCCUGCUUGCUUUUUCUUCUCAUAUUUUUCUUCUUCUCCGACCUGCCACCAGACCAAACAUCUCACUGGGUGACCACAGGAACGAACCAAGAGGACCACAUUUUGCAAUCCUCCUGACACACUUUCUCUCUCACACACACACACACACACACACACACACACACACACACACACACACACACACACACACACACUCCUCUCUCUUUUCGAGGAGUGUUUCUGUGUGUUUGUGAAAAGUUGCACUUAAACACACCAUAUACAUUCACACAGUAUCGACGAGUCUAAAGGCUUGUCUGUCACAAGGCCUGUUUCCGGAUAUUGUUGUUUUUAAAUGGCUGUUCUUAUUAUUGCUAUUGUUGUUAUAUUGGUGAGUUGUUGUAUUUUCUUUCUUUCUUUUUUUUUUUUACAUAAAAGGGAGUUAAAGUUGUAUCAUUUUUUAAUUAUUAGGAUGUUUUUAUUUGUAUUUUCUUUCUUCCUCAUUUCUCUUACGAGCGUGAUUAUUAUCGGCAGUGUUUUCAAUCUUUCUGACAGCUUUUUUUUUUUUUUUUUUUUUUUUUUUUUUCUUUGAUUUCCCCUCCAAGAUCUUAUAAGGAAUUAUUUUAAAAGAAGAUAUAAGUAGAUUGUCAAAGAGAUAUGAGUUAUUGAGGGUUAUAGUCUGUAUAUUCUAUGGGUAUUAUGAAUUAAACGAUUAACAAAGAAACAGAAUUAUAUACAUAUAAUUAAAUAAAAUUUCCUGAUACUGUU